AUGCCACAGCUAUGCCGACACCCUAGCCGCCACCUUUUCCUCCUCAUUUUGGCCGUGUUGCUGCCCUCGCCAUCCCCAGCCCGUGCCCCUGUGCCCCCAGGCCCCGCUGCCGCCAUGCUCCAGGCCCUCGGGCUUCGCGAUGUGCCCCGGGGUUCUCCCAUGUUGCGGCCCGUUCCCCCGGUUAUGUGGCGCCUGUUCCGCCGCCGCGACCCCCAAGAGACCUGGUCAGGGCUGCGGCGGACACACCCGGAGGCCACCCUGCAACCUUGCCACGUGGAGGAGCUGGGGGUCGCCGGAAACAUCGUGCGCCACAUUACCGAUCGCGGUGCACUCGCCCGGUCCCCGGAGCCCGGCUUGGCCGUGGGACAGUGCCCCAAGUGGACUGUCGUCUUCGACCUGUCAGCUGUGGAACCCACGGAGAACCCGACCAGUGCCCGGCUGGAGCUGCGCUUCGCGGCGGCUGAGAUUCCGGCGGGCGGCUGGGAGCUUAGCGUGGCGCGUUUGAGUGAGGCCAUGGGCGGGGAUUCUGGGCUGGUGCUGCUCCGCCAGGCAGUGCCUGCCCUGGGGUCGCCGGUCCGCGCCGAGCUGCUGGGCGCCACGUGGGCCCGCAACGCCUCGGUGCCACGCACUCUCCGCCUGGUGCUGGCGCUGCAUCCCCCGGCCCCCACCGCCUGUGCGCGCCUGGCCGAGGCUUCGCUGCUGCUGGUGACCCUCGACUCGCGCCUGUGCCACUCUCUGGCCCGGCCGCGGCGAGAGGCUCAAUCUGCGCCAGGAGGCGGCCCUGGGGGCCCGUGUCGCGCGCGGCGGCUCUACGUGAGCUUCCGUGAAGUGGGUUGGCACCGCUGGGUCAUUGCGCCACGCGGCUUCUUGGCCAACUAUUGCCAGGGCCAGUGCACACUGCCCGCCACGCUGUCUGGACCCGACGGGCCCCCAGUGCUCAAUCACGCUGUGCUGCGCGCGCUCAUGCACGCGGCCACCCCAGGCCCUGCCGGCCUGCCCUGUUGCGUGCCUGCGCGCCUGUCGCCCAUCUCCGUGCUCUUCUUCGACAACAGUGACAACGUGGUGCUGCGGCACUAUGAGGAUAUGGUGGUGGACGAGUGUGGCUGCCGCUGACA